UGUUCGGAGUGCUGUUCGGUAAAACAUAACCGUAAUUUAAUCACCGAAUCCGGGUCAAUACCAUCGAUACCGAAAAAAUAUACAAUAGUUUUCGGCUUUUCUUGGGUGCAUUUUGAUUUGCAAGUUAUAAGCCAGUAAGCGAUUAUGCCGAAAAAAAAGACAGGUCAAAGGAAAAAGGCUGAGAAACAAAAGUUAAGACAAAAGGAAAUUCGCACUGCCAAAGGUCAGAUAGACCUUGCAAAAUUUCCUAGCAAUGCAAUAAUGGAAUGCGACAAGUGCAAUAGAAAGCAGAAGAGUCGGGCAUUUUGUUAUUUCUGUCAGAGUGUUCAGCGUUUGCCAAUAUGUGCUCAAUGUGGCAAAGUCAAAUGCAUGUUGAAGACUGGAGAUUGUGUCGUUCGACAUGUCGGAGUUUUUACAACUGGCCUUGGUAUGGUGGGAGCAAUAUGUGACCACUGCGAGGCAUGGGUAUGCCAUGGUAGACGAUGUCUGACUUCCCAUGCUUGUACUUGUCCGUUGAUGGAUGCAGUUUGUCAGGAGUGUGAACGAGGGGUAUGGGAUCACGGCGGCAGAAUAUUUCGAUGCUCUUUCUGUGACUGCUUUCUGUGUGAAGAUGAUCAAUUUGAGCAUCAGGCAUCUUGCCAAGUAUUGGAGUCUGAAAGUUUCAAAUGUCAGUCCUGCAAUAAGCUUGGACAAUAUUCUUGUCUGAGAUGUAAAACGUGCUACUGUGAAGAUCAUGUUCGAAGGAAAGGUUUCAAGUACGAGAAGAACAAGCCAAUUCCAUGCCCCAAGUGCAGUUACGAAACCUCUCAAACAAAGGAUCUUAGUAUGUCAACAAGGAGCCAUAAAUUUGGUCGGCAAAAUCAAGCAGGAACCUAUGAUUCUGAUGAAGAAGAUGGAGGAUACGGAUAUUAUGGUAAUAGUACUCAUAGCUAUGGGGAUUAUGCAGAUGAUGCUGAAGACGCCGAUGACGACGAAGAUGACGAAGGUGAAAGUUCAGGUGAAGAUGAAGAGGAUGAGGAAGAAGAAAGUUCGUGUGAUGAGGAGGAAAAUACUAAUCAGUCUGAUUCUAAAUGCGACAAGACAUCUAAAAUGGACAAAGGGACAUCUGCUAGCUGAAAUUGGGAUAGCUAAUUAAUUGAGUAUAGAGAUUAUUUCUAUUUAAGAGGAGAGACCGUAAGGGGGACCAUUUUAUAAACUAUCCGAUAGUGAAUAACAUUUCACUUGCAUUAGUUUUGCUCUGAAAAAAAAAAAAAUUUAUUUAUGAUACAAAAUUCACUAAUUGAUCUAUGAUGAAAAGCCAUUUAAAUUAUUCGUAUAAAGAUCAGUCCAUGUGGAUACAGUUUCUGUGAAUUAAUCCCACCUCUCCAAGUUAUACUUACACAUAACAUCGAAAUUGUACAAUUUUUGUAAUGCUCUGUAAAGGAAUCAAGACUAAAAAUAUUCUGAUCGUUGUUACUAUAAUCCUAGAAAUAUGAAAAAAUCUGUGUAUUCAUUACAUUAAAGAAAAUCAAUUGUAUUAUUCUCCUUCACAA